CUUUAUGUUCUUGUCGGAUUCUUUUUUAUGUGACAAUGAGAAAUAUGAAAAACCACCUUUAGACAUACAUCAACAUUACAUCAAAAAUUUGUUUAUAAGGUUAAAAAUUAGAUACAGUUUUAAAAUUAGAGUAUGAACAUAUCAAAAUGUGGAACUAUAAUGACAUGGAAGAUUCUGAAGAUUGUUCAAAAGAAGAGGAAGAAGAUAUAUUCAUGGAAUAUGAAGAAACUAAUCCUCAAGAUGACGGCAAUCCUUGGCUGAAGACCAUUAUCAAUACGUACAGAAAAUACAAGAGGGAACUUUUCGGAGACUCGAAUACGCGUAUAAGGAAAGAGCGGUCAUUAGAUUAUACAGUACGACCCAAUUAUAAGUUUGUUUUUGCUAAAUAUCGAGAUGGUUUCUACAGGCCUGGAUCCAUAGUAGGUAGAAAUAAGAAACUGAAACAAUUUAUCAUUUACUUUUAUCACAACAAGAAAUGCUGUUACGUCCAACCAAGAGAUAUAGUUUUAAAACACGGAAAUCUUUUAGACAGAAGAGUUUGUUUUUCCUAUGACGGUCACAGAAGAAAAGGCACCGUUUUUGGAAACAAUUCGCCCGCCAAUCGUGGCUUUCCGUCGAUAUUUUACGUAAAGAAAAAAUGUAAACCGAAAUGGUACAAAGUGAAUUUCAAGCAUAUCUUUCUAACCAAAAAGCAAGUAAACAGAAUGUAUUUCAAUGUAUCGAGAAGACGAGUUUCUAGUAGUGUUUGUAAAAAUAGAUCUUCAAGAAGUGGCAUGCAAUUAUAAUAAUUGUUUAGGUCUUUAAUAAAAUUAAAGUUACGUUCAUGCUUCAAUAUUGCCUAUUAAUUUUGCAAUUUGCAUAUUAAUCAGAACGUACGAUAAACGUUGGGCGUAAAUUUAAGUUGAAUUGAUUUUAUUGCCGUUAAGCCCUUGAAAUUGCAAAGUAGGUCGAAGUUGGCGAUGGCGUGUUCCACAACAAUAUGAAAAUAGUAUCACCCUGCUCUGUUCGUUGAAGAUGUGCAUGUGUGGAAAUGAGUUUUUUAUUUUGAAUCAAAAUAGGAACAAUUUGAAUAGUAAUUUCUGCCUCCGGCAGAUACCUAUGCAAUAUACAUGUUUCUAAAUACGAAUUAUGGUACAGGAUGAUUAUGGUAUAGAAAGGAAUUUUGAUAAAAUCGACGUUUAUUUUACAGAAAAAUCUUGAAUACGAAAUUAAGUGUUUCCAAAAACAUGGAUUAAAUUAGACGGCUGAGAUCUCUGAAAAGUUAGUAGAGAAAGAAAUAUUUAUUUCUUAAAAAUUUUAAACUACAAUGUGAUCAACGACCAAAACGUGAAGAAAACAAGAAAAUCUAAAAUCCAUGUUCCAUGUACGAGCGACUAUUUUCCUCCGGAAAACAAUUUCUUCUUAGCUAAUACCACUAUAUGCAUUUGUUUAUAUCCAAAGAAAAAUAUUCUUAUAAAAAAUUAUUUUUUAACAUUCGUAACGAUGACUAAAAAAUGUUUUUAUCUCGAACAUAUUGUUAUGUAACCAUAAUCCACACGCUAAAAGAAUGUGCUCUUUUAAUUAGUACUUCUUCUUUUUUAAAACUGGAGAUGCCGUCAUAUCUCGAAUACUGAGGACGUCAUAGAAAUAUGCGUAUAUCAAAAAAUACGCAUCUAAAGAAAACAAAAUCGACUUGUCCCAGCAUUUUUUUUUUGUAAAUUAUCCAAUAACGUCUGAAAUCCUUUGUUUCGCCACUGAUGCCCAACCCUGUUUAUUAUCGGGGUUGCAACUCCAAAUUCACUAUGAAC